AUGGAGGGCGCAAAGGGAGGCGACAAAGAGGAGCAGGAGUGGAAGCGCCAGGAGAAAGAGGAUGCUUAUCGAGCUCAGCAGGAUGUCCUCAGAAGGAGGCGAGAAGGGAGCUGGCAGAAGGAUGUGAACGCUCGGAGGGCCAAGGUGAAGAAGUACAACACCGACCCAGAAUACAAGAAGAAGAUCGAUGAGGACAAGCGCGCCAGGGCCCUUGCAGAGCGACCCCCUGACCCGAUCGUCAACGCUUUUAACAUUAUCAUUCCCCUGGCACCCUUCGGCAUCCCAGAGUAUGACCAAGGAGAGCGGUUUGACCUGAAGGCAAAGUACUGCGACAAUGGCUGGGUGGAUGAGGAGGCCGAGUUUGGAAAGCAGGUCAAGCGCUUCUUUGGCAUGGGCAAGAAGAAAUCUGACGAUGAAAGCGAGGAAGGCCCUACAGACAAGCGCGGAAAGAAGCGCUGA